AUGGAAUUUCAGAAAUUGAAUGAUCUCGAACGAUCAUCGAUAAUUGUUCAAUAUAUCAAUACUGAACCAAUCGAAUUUUAUCCAACAGUAGAUGGUACCGAUCUUGUUCAAGAUGUUUUACGCCGACAAUUAUCAAAAAAUGAAGAAAAUAUUUUUGGUGCCGACGGAUCAAUAUCGCUUGAAGAUGGUGAAUUUUUGAAAUUUUUACCUGCUGAUACAAGACAUCGUACACUUCAUAUACCCAUUGAACAGUUGGCAUAUUGUGGUGCUUUAAGACGUAUGAAACGAAGUGAUGAUGGUGAUCAUGAUGGUAUGAGUGAUAAUGUAGUUCGACGUGAAUUUGAGAAUGUUGACUUAGCUAAUCGUUAUCCACAACUAGUUAUUGGUCCACCCGUAUUCGUUGCCAUAUUUUUUGGAUUUGAUAAUGCAUUAUGUUAUACAUUUUUAACUCAAAAUACUGAAGAUGCCCGUUUACUGGUAAUGAAACUAAUGAGAGCGUAUAAUACGUUAGAAGCGCGACCGCAUGUUUCGCAAGGUCAACAACAAACCAACCUUGAUCAUCAUCAUCAUCAUCAUCAAUCUUCACCUCCAAAUAUUUCACCUUCACAGGGAGGAUUAUUCGGUGCUGUUCCCCAACAAAAAAAUCAACAGCAACCAUUUUUUUCAUCGCCAUCAAUCAAUACAAGUGGUGGGAGUAAUUCACAACCAAUAAUGUUUCGUAGUGGUCAACAAUAUAAUAUGGAUAAUGACGCAAUAAUACAACGAUUGUUACAAAAUCCAAAUGUACAAAUGAUGAAUCCACCAUUUACCUCGCAUCUAAUUGAUGACAUACCUGUAUUAUCGCCAUCGUCAACAGCAGCAACCAACAUGACGCCUGGACUUACCGAUCAACUAUCAUAUCUGAAUUUAAAUCCUGGUAGCGGUUUUACAACGAGUGGUAGUGGUGUUCAUUUGAUCGAUUCAUCAUCGGCAGUACCGAGUAUCUGUUAUCCCACACAAACAAAUGAGUUUCCGCAAGAUGUUUCCCUUUCGGGCACGCCACAUAUUAUUUAUAAACCAAAUAAUCAGGAAGUUGUCUAUAAGCAAAAUAUCAUGGUUCAAAUACAACCAGUUCCUGAACAACAACCACCAAUUAUUUGCCGACAAGUACCACCAAGCCCUCCAACUCCACCACCAAUUGUCGUUCGAGAAAGACCGCCAAUGAUGCCACCAAUGAGUCAACCAUUAGUUAUUGAAAAACGUCUUCCUCCGAUAAAUGUGCCACGACAAGUAAUAAUUGAACGAUUUCCACCUCCCCCUCCCAAACCACCAGCAAUCAUCUACGAAAAAUAUCUUCCUCAACAACCGCAACGACGGCCCGUUAUCGUUCAACGUGAACGAUGUGUUCAACAAGCUCCUAGACGUCGUGUUAUUGUUCGCACAGCGCCACAAUCUCAAACAGCUAAUAUUUGUGUUCCUCAAACGACGACGACAACAGCUGUUCAACAACAGCAACCAAAUGUUAGUUAUGUUCAACCUCAACCACAAGUCGUACAACAACUUGUACCCGUUUUUGCUACACAACAGCGUGUUAUACAACCGAAAGGUGUUCGUGUUGUUCGACAAGUAAUCGGUCCCGCUCAACAACAGCAAUCCCAAAUUAUUAAUUCACCACCUAUAGUGCAGGCCUUUCCUGCAAAUGCUGGUGGCUAUAUACCAACUGGAGUAGAAAACGCCAUUAGUUAUGCACAACCGGCAUUAAAUCAGAUAGCUACCCCUCAACAAUAUAUGGGACAACCUCAAUUCACUUAUGUGACAUCUUAA